UCCUGCUUAACUCGGCCAGGUGGAGUUGUGCGUGCGUGUCAGCUGCUGUCCAACACGUAGCCUGGACAUCGGUUGUGUAGUGCGAAAGACCCCUUCGAGAUCGGAUACGCGGGCCGCCCAUUGCCAGCCCUCGGAACACCCCGACUGGAACCUCGACACACGAUUCAGAUAACAAGAGACGAGCUGACCCCAAGACCCUCAACAUGGCGGUCAAUAUCGACGAACUGGUGGAGAGGUUUACCUGGAUCGACUACACGGUAUUCGGCUUUAUGCUUGCCAUAUCCGCUGCCAUCGGUAUUUUCUAUGGCGUGUGUGGCAAGAAACAGAACACAAGCGAUUUCCUCAUGGCUGGCAAAUCCAUGACCACUUUCCCCGUUGCUAUGUCUUUAAUUGCUAGUUUCAUGUCCGCCAUCACGCUUCUCGGGACGCCGUCGGAGGUCUAUCAGUUCGGUUUCCUUUACUGGCUCAUCGGGUUCUCGUAUUUCUUCGUCAUGCCUUCGGCGGCUUACCUGUACUUCCCUGUCUUCUAUAAGCUGCAGGUGACGUCCGCGUACGAAUACCUGGAACGACGCUUUCACCGAGUCGUUCGUUAUAUCGGAUCCUUUACUUUCAUUAUCCAGAUGAGUCUCUACAUGGCCAUUGUCGUGUACGCCCCCGCCCUCGCCCUGGCUCAGGUCACGGGUCUCAAUGUCUAUGUGUCCGUCAGUCUGAUUUGCUUCGUGUGCAUCUUCUACACUACACUUGGAGGCAUGAAGGCUGUGCUUUGGACUGAUGCUAUCCAGAUGAUCAUCAUGUACGGCAGCAUGAUGUUCGUGAUCAUCAAGGGCGCCAUAGACGUGGGCGGCUUCGAGUACGUGUGGCAGAAGAACGUGGAGAGUGGGCGCGCCGAGCUCGUCAACUUCGACCCGAACCCGACCACAAGACACACCUUCUGGACGCUGAUUGUGGGCGGUUAUUUCACCUGGAUCACGAUUUACGGCGUUAAUCAAGCUCAGGUGCAGCGCUACCUCUGCGUCCAGACCAAGCAGAUGGCCAUCAACGCCCUCUGGAUCAACCUCGUCGGCCUCUUCAUCCUCAUGAUCUCCUGCGCCUUCGGUGGGAUGGUCGUGUACGCUCGCUACUGGGACUGCGACCCCGUCCGCUCGGGCGUCGUGUCCAAGGGCGAUCAGCUGUUUCCCCUCUUCGUGAUGGACACCCUCGGCCAGUGGUACGGCCUGCCCGGGCUCUUCGUGGCCGGCAUCUUCUCCGGCGCUCUCAGCACCGUCUCCUCUGGAAUGAACUCGCUGGCUGCCAUCGUCCUCGAAGACUACGUGAAGGCCGGCUGCUGCCCUGACAUCAGCGAGAAGAAGGCCACUUUGCUGUCCAAGGUUCUCUCUCUCUUCUUCGGUCUCCUCACCUUCGGAUUGGUGUUCGUGGCCGAGCAGCUUGGCAACAUCUUGUCUGCCGCUCUGAGUAUCUUCGGCAUGGUUGGAGGCCCUCUGCUCGGGGUCUUCACCUUGGGCAUGUUCUUCCCGUGGGCGAACUCGAAGGGCGCCUUCACUGGUCUCCUAACGAGUCUCGUCUUCAUGUUCUGGAUCGGCGGAGGCCACCAAAUCGCUCGCUCGUACGGCCAGAUCACGUUCGACAGGAAGAUGACGAGCAUCGAAGGCUGCAACUUCAACGAGACCACGACCAUCAGACCCGAGCCACUUGUGGCCGAAGAACCGGUCGAGGAGCCCCUGGCCCUCUACCGCCUCUCCUACAUGUGGUACUCCGCCACAGGAUGCUUCACCGUCAUCGUCGUCGGCCUCUUGGUCUCCUUCCUGACAGGACUGCAGAAUGUAAGGACUCUUGACCCCAGGACUCUCUCCCCUGCCAUCUUCUGGUUCAGGAGGUUCAUUCCGGGCAUCGAAGGACUCGGGGAGGACUUUGUUGACGAAGAGGAAGGCCUUCGAACACACCAGAGCUCGGUUUCCCUUGGCAACAUCAACCCCGCCUUCGACACGACCGUUAAGGAGAAAUACACGCCGAAAAGUAACGGUUUUACUCCAGAGAAAGAGAGUUCGAAACUGUAGACUUGCUGGGCGGGAAAUGGGUCUGUUUUUAAACCCAUUUUAGCAUUUUUUUUCCCUAUAUGUAGAUAUAUAAGAAUAUCUAUUCUUGUGGUUGUGUUCGCGUGGUAGAAAUAUUAGAAUGAAUAUAUGUAGAUGUUUUCUCCUCUUUCUGCCCUGUAUAUGCUUUGAGGCGUUUCAAGACAUAUUCUUUUUUGAAUGUGAUGAGUGGAUGCGACUUUGAAUAUGUUUUUUUU